AUGAAUAAAUUAUAUAAUUUAAGACGUAUAUCUAAAUCAAAUACUAUAUUAUGCAUACAUUCCGUAUCUUCUCCAUUAAUUCGCAAUUCCAAUUAUCAAAUGUUUAAUAAAAUAAAUAUAACUUCUUUUACAACUUUUGUAAAUCCUAAUUUAUCGACCAAUUCAUCUAAUUCAUCUAAUUCGGCAUGUAAUUCAACAUCUAAUUCAACACAUGAUUCAACAAUCAUGGAAUCGGAUAUUUCAAAUAUACCAAAUAUAAUAACUAUACCGAAUAUUCCAGAAACAAAGGAAUCUUUAUCAUUAAAUAUUGAAUCAAAUAUUAUUAAUGAUUUGAAUAAAGGAUAUAAAUUUAAAAAACGAACACAUAAUUGUGGAGAAUUAAAUAUUUCUAAUCUAGGUGAACGAGUAAUUUUAAAUGGAUGGACUCAGAGAUUACGAGAAUUAUCAUCAAAUUUAUAUUUUUUACCAAUACGUGAUUCAUUUGGGAUUACUCAACUUACAGGUGAGAUUGAAGUAGAAAUAGAUAGAAUCCAUUGCCUUAAUCCAGCAAACAAAUUACCUUUCUUUCCAUCAGAUAAACAAGUUCCUAAUGAAGAAGUUAGAUUAAAAUAUAGAUAUUUGGAUUUAAGACGAGAACAACUUCAAAAUAAUAUUCGUAAACGUUCACUUGUUUCAUGGAUUAUCAGAGAUUUUCUCAUGAAAGAAGAAUUUAUAGAAGUAGAAACACCAAUGUUAUUCAAAUCAACUCCAGAAGGUGCUAGAGAAUUUAUUGUUCCCACAAGAUCAAAAGGAUUAUUUUAUGCACUUACCCAAAGUCCACAACAAUAUAAACAAUUAUUAAUGGCAGGUGGAAUUGAUAAAUAUUUUCAAAUUGUAAAAUGUUUCAGAGAUGAAGAUACAAGAUCUGAUAGACAACCUGAAUUCACUCAGAUUGAUUUAGAAAUGUCAUUUGUCACAAUUUCUGAUAUAACAUCAUUGAUAGAAAAAUUAAUUAUGGAAAUUUGGAAAAAGGCUUUGGGAAUUGAUUUACAAGAUAAAAUUCCAUUUCCUAGAAUUAGUUACUUGGAUGCUAUUAAUAAAUUUGGUUCAGAUAAACCAGACACAAGAUAUAAUUUUGAGAUUAAAGAUUUAUCCAAAUAUUUUAAUCACAUUCUUCCUGAAUUAAAUUCAGAUACUAUUAUUGAAUGUAUAUUAAUUAAGAAUGGAAUUAAAUCAUUAACAAAUAGUGAAAUUAAUUCACUCAAAGAUUUAGAUAACAAUGAUAAUAACAAUUCUUCAAUUAAGAGAGAAUCUUUGAUUUCAAAACCAAUUUUUAUUAAAAUCACAUCAACCAACAUUUCAAAUUGGAUAUCAAAAAUUUUUAUUAAUAAACAAUCUAAUGACUCACAAAUUGAUGAUGAAACUAUUACAAAAGAACUUGGAAUUGAUGUUGGAGAUUUGGUGAUUAUUAAUAAAAGGAAAACUGUGGUAUUGGUUAGAGGACAACAUUAUGAUCUAUUAUUGAAUGGAGUAGAAGUUGGUGGAGGAUCAAUUAGAAUUCAUUCACCAAUUUUACAAAAUUUUAUAUUUCAUAAUAUAUUAAAGAUGAAUGAGAAACAAAAAAGUGGAUUUAGUCAUUUACUAAAUGCAUUCAGUCAUGGAUGUCCUCCUCAUGGUGGCAUUGCAUUAGGAUUUGAUAGAUUAAUGUCAAUAAUAUGUAAUGCAUCAUCCAUUAGGGAUGUAAUGGCAUUUCCUAAAUCUUCAUCAGGUUGUGAUUUAUCUGUUUCUAGUCCUGGCGAAAUUACUAAAGAACAAUUGAUGUUAUAUAAAAUUGAUGUGGAAGGGAAAGAAAUAAAAAGAAGAAUGGAAGAAAAUACAGGAAUAGAUAUGGUGGUUUUGUUUGUUUCAAUUGGAAGUGUUUCGGCUCAAUCAGCACCAGCAGAAACUACCGUUGCAAGUGAUGUACCAACAGCAGCACCACCAAGUGAUACACCAACAGCAACACAACCAAGUGAUACAGCAACAGCAGAACCACUUCCAACAUCAGAAGAACCAAUUUCAACAACAGCAGUACCACUUCCAACAUCAGAAGAACCAAUUCCAACACCUUCAACAUCAUCAGCAGCAGAAUCAUUACCUCCAGAAUCAUCAGUAGAACCACCUCCAACAGAUACACCAUCUUCAACACCAACAGUAGCACCAACAACAACACAACUUCCACCAUCUCAAAGUACACCUCAAACAUCAGCAGAUGAUUCAACAACAAAUCGACCAGUUUUAACAUCAGCAACAUCACCAGCUGAUACAUCUUCUUUACCUCUAGAAAAUACACCACCACCAUCUUCAGAUAUCACUGAAAAUACUGAAAUAGAAAAUACUGAAACAGAAACAGAAAAUACUGGAAUUGUUACAACUAAAGUUACAACUAAAAAUACUUCUACUGAAAAUGAUACUACUCCUACUUCUACAAAAAGUACACCAAAAACUAAUGAACCAGAACCAGAUACCACUAUUCCAACAGAAACAACCACCACUGGUAAAGUUUCUUGUUCCUCGUGUAAAAUUGAUUCUACAGUAAAUACUUCCAUCAAAGGUCGGAUUACUACAUCAACUGAGGAUGUUCCACAAUCGGAAUCGGGAACUAUUACUACUUUCAGUCCAACUAAUCAUGCUACUACAAAUGUAAAAUACAAGACCACCACUUUCUAUUCAACAACUACAUUAUUCUAUCCAGGUUAUACUACAACUUACACGACAACUAUAAAUGGAAAAGCAAUUCCAACUGAAUCUUAUGUUCCUCCAAGUACUGUAGUUGUCGUUAAAAAAGUUACUGCAGCUGUUCCAGAAGGUGUUUCUGAACCUACUGGUAUUACUUCUAAUGCUGGUGGUUCAAAUAAUUUAAAUUUAUGGAAAGAUAAAUUAAAUCGUUUGGUUAUUUGUUUGUGGGCGAUUGGUGUUGGUUUUGUUUACGUGAUUUUGGCUUAA